AACACCAUAAAAAUGUUAGGCAACCUUGUAAAAAUCCUUGGAACCACAUCCCUGUGCAGCACACAAUCGGUGCUGCUACAAUCGUCAAGGAACACGUUCGUGCUGAAGCGUCGCUUUCCACCGAAUCUGUACAAGAAAAACCAAAAGCCUGGCAAGCUACGGGGACGUCACUUUGUGUACGAUUUGGUCGAGGAUACGACUAUCACGAAGAAACCAAACCUGGAAGUUGUGCUGACCGCGUUUGUCGAAGGCAUCGGUUCGAAGGGAGACGUGGUUUCGCUGAAGCCCAAUGUUGCGUACAACAAACUUCUCCUACCCGGACUGGCUGUCUAUAAAACGCCCGAAAACGUGGCCAAGUACGCAAGCGAGAAGGAUGAGAAGGAAGCUGAGGUGCACAGUUCCGCAUAUGCUCAGAGGACGGUAAACAAGCUGGAAAGCCUCAUACUGGCGGUGGUCAUGAACAAAGACCAAGCAUGGACAAUUGAACCAUGGCAUAUUAAAGCAUCGCUCCGCAAAGCCGGCUAUUAUGUGCCGGAAAGUGCAAUAACCCUGCCAGAAACUCCCAUCACUGGACCGGAUCUGCUAAAGCAAAACAAAGAGUUUUACUGCACGGUCACUAUUAACAGCUUGGAGAAGGCACGGGUACGGUGCCGGAUCCAUCACUGGAGCACCGAACCGAGCGAACGAUUGCCGUACGUGUUUGAGCAUUGGAAGUUGGUGCGAUGA